AUGGAGUCAAAACCUCACAGCAUGGAGAAUGAUGAGAAUGUUACUGAAACUCAUUUCCGAUGUGAAGCAGCUACAUUUUUCGAGCUGGUAGCUGUCAAUAGUAGUAGUGAGACACCUGUAAUGUCAAUAUUGGGAGCCUCUCAACACUCCAAUAAAUACUCUGUGACAUGCAAGGAGAUCAAGGAUGAAGAAGACAUCAUUGCUAUUCGAGGAGUGCACUGGCGCGAACAGAAGCAGCCAGAUACUUCUUUUAUUCUUCAAGAAAUCUUGGAACAGGCUGAUGAAAUGUGUUGUGAUGCCGACGAAGAAGUACUACCAAAAUGUAGCAAUGAUGAAAUGAAUGCUGAGAGUGAGGAUGAGGACAUGAGUGGAGUCGAAGUUGAUGCUGCCACUGGAGAGACAUCAGCAUAUGACUACAGCUUCAAGCUGAGAGUGCCGCCUGGCAUUAAUGAUGCUCACAAAUCUCUGCAGGACUUGAAGCUUCUGUUGAAACUGCCCCAUGAUAAAAAGCUUGCUGGUAGUGUCAUCCUUUCUCCUGUCCUGAAGGAGAGGCUAACACAGGUGAAAAACUUCCUAACAACACACCCCGCAAACUCAGUCAGCCAGGCAGCAGAUCAAGCUGCGCAAAAUGUGGGAAAAGCCCAAGGGGUCCAUCUUCCAUGGUGCCUUCAAACCUGGGCAAAGGCAUACAUCAAGAAUUGGACAGCACUUCCUCACUAUAAACAGCCACAGAAGUACUCACAUGUUAAUGAUGAAGACUUUGCUGCAGAGUUAAAACUACACCUUCAGAGCAUCGGGAAAUAUGUUCAUGAACAGGAUCUGAUGAAGGAGCCUCAUUGUCAAUAUUCUGAUGGCCAUGAGCAGGAGGAUAUAGUGCAUUAUUGCCAUAAUUUUUUCAUUCCUGCAUGGGCUUGUUAUCAAGCUUGCACAUACAAAUGGAAACAAGAUGACCUCACCAUCAAAGACACUGGUGCAUGCCCAGAUCCUUUUGGCUAUCAUGUAGUUGUCUGGUUUCAUGAUGAAUCCACUUUCUAUGUGAAUGAUUGGAGGAAAAACCAUUGGGUCCACAUGAUGGAGAGUGCUGUCCCACAGCCAAAAGGAGAGGGAUGGCCAGGAGAGCAUGCUAUGGAUAUCCUGGAGAAGAAUUAUUCUGAUGAGGAUCAUGUCCUUGUCUUUGACAAUGCAACCACUCACCUGAAACGCGCAGAUGAUGCAUUAUCUGCACGAAAAAUGCCAAAAUGUCUGUCCACAACAUGGGGUGUAUCCAUCACCAAGAAAAGUGAUGAUGGGAGACCUAUUAUUGGCACAGAUGGCAAACCAGUCAAAGAAAAAAUAUGGAUGAAGGACGCAUAA